AUGUCACUGCCGAAAGCACCGGAGCAAAAACUUAUAAACUGCAGCUAUUGCGAAGCCAGAAUUGACGACGACAACUAUCUGGAGUGCCAAGAAUGUAACCAGUGUGUGCAAAUCAAGUGUCUGCAACGUUCCAGUACGCCGGGCGAUCUACUUGGGGAUGUCUUCUUUGAUUUCACGUGCAUUAAAUGUGUGCGCGCCGCAGUCGAGAAGACCGGGACUACAUCGACAGCAGCAUCACAACCGCAAAGCGAGAUUUUGCUGCGCCAGCGCAUGCCUUGGUUGUUGGUCUUAUCGCUGUCCCUUUACAACCUGUCUAUCAAAUCAAAGGGACUGAGCCAUCAUGGCUAUUUCCAUUGGCGCACCCACAUCAUAAGUUUUGUAGACAAGAACUGGAACUAUUUGUUCGGGCCACGUGUGCGCCGUCGGAAGCAAUGGGCUGGUUCCGUGUCUGGCACGCUGUCGCACAACAGUCCCGAAUAUUUUCAAUCGGGCGUGGAUGUAUUCCAGGAACACGGCUGGUGGAAGCUCGCUAAGGACCAAACGCCGCGCAAAGUACAGGAGCAAUAUGAACAAAAGCAACAACUGCGUCAACAACAGCGUUUAGAGCGUCGUUUGCAACCGGCCGACGAGCAGAGUUGCGACAGUGAUGUGUCUGUUACGGAUAAUCUAAACGAUGUUAAGCCUUUGAAUGUAGUAAUUGCGCCGGAGGAGGCUUUGCAAACUGCUCUGCCAGGCGAAAGUUGCGCGCGUGCCAUACCUUAUAUGGGUCGUCCGCCCAAAAUGGUGCCGCAGCCUGAAAAGGAAGCAGUGAAGCUACUAAAACCUGAACCACCACCGGAUCAGGAACCCCAACAACAGCAACUUAACCCCGUGCAGGCCAGUCUUUUGGAUUUUUUAACGGAGAAUUUAGGUGGCGAUGAUCUGACCAUGUUCAAUAGCUUACCUGGCAUUAUGCCAGAGCCGUUGAUUGGCGCGGGCAAAAGCGAUUUCUUUAUGACCGAAGCCUUGCUAGAGGCGCCAGCACCAAGCAUGGGUCUCUUUGAAAUGGAAACGAAUUUCAAUUUGCCUCCAACUGUCGCAAAUAGCGCAACAGAUAGAGGCACUUAUUAUGCAGCGCAGCAAAGUGAGCCGCCGAUUAGUGAUAAUGCUUGCAGCAGCAUGGAACUGUCAACGGCAGCUAUUUACGAGGAAGACGACAUGAUGAAGAGCAGCGCGCAAAGUGAUCACACAGAUACAGAACAGGAAACUGAAGAUGGUGCCUACCAGCAACCACGCAUUGUUCAAAUAACCAAUUAUCAGGCAAAAACCACGAAUCCGGAGGAGUUAGAGCGGAAGCAGCAACUCUUGGAGGUGGAUCACAUCAAGGAGGAAGCCAUAGAGGAAACGCCAGAAGAUGCUGAGGAGGAGGAAACCUUGACAACGAAAUCAACUGUUCUGGAACCGUGCAAGCCGAGCGGCUUUAUACGCCAGCCCCGUCGCAAUUGGCCGUGGCUGGCUGAGUCUUCCAACACAGACGACACAAAUGAAACGUCAGCUGAAAACCUUACACUUAUGAGUGUUUAUGAGGAACAGGAAUUGCAUCUCCAACUGCAGAAGUUCUUUACACUAGAGCAGGAAGGACUGCCCAUUGAUAUACCCGCUUAUGUACGUCGGCUCUAUCGGAAGUUGUGCGUGCGAAAAUGGAAACGCGAACACAAUCGCCCUAUUUUUAAUCUGGAUGAGUACAUCGAUCCCACGAUACGUGCACGACGACAAUUCGAGCAAAGGCAGGAACAGAUACUCGAUCGUUACCAACUGAUUACACAUUCGUAUCAGAAUGCAAAUACCUCGUUCUAUGCUCGCAUCACCGGCAGCAUACAGUACGAAUUCUUUGAGUCCCCGUACUCAAAACGCGUCCUGCAUCCCUUCAUCUUUCGUAGCAAAGAAAUCGGACCGCCUUGGCUGCGUCUAAUGUGUGAGCUGCAGCAUCGCGUAAAUGGGGAGCAUCCGACACGAUCGACAAUCGAUUUUUGCUACGUACGACCGCAGCAUAUAGCGGCGGUCAAUGCGCUUCUCCAAAGCGCCUUCUGGCCAGGCAUCGAUGUGAGCGAUUGCCUAAGUUAUCCGGACUAUAGCGUGGUCGCGCUAUACAAAAAGCUUGUCGUCGGCUGUGGCUUUCUCGUACCCGACGUAGGCUACAACGAGGCCUAUAUCACAUUUAUGGCCGUGCGGCCCCAUUGGCAACGCAGCGGUAUUGCCACCUACAUGCUCUAUCAUCUGAUACAGACUUGCCAGUCGAAGGACAUCACGCUACACGUUUCCGCUUCCAAUACGGCUGUGCUGCUUUAUCAGAAGUUUGGUUUCAAAAUGGAGGAAAUAGUUCUUGGCUUCUAUGACAAGUAUUUGCCGCUCGAUUCCAAGGAGAGUCGAAAAGCCUUCUUCUUACGCCUAUCACAUUAAAUAAAGCAAAAAUGAUUUUAUUUAUAUGUAAUUUUA